UUCUGUUUCCUCCUUUAAGAUGUGAUGUUAAGAUAAAUGUGCCUAUAAAAGCUGAUAUCCCGUUCCUCCAUCUGACCUGAAACUUUCUGAUUCAGAGCUGAAAAAGGUGAUAAUCACCCAACAGGAACCUGCAGCCAUGAGGAUGCUGACUCUGCCUUUGCUUCUCUGUGGUUUGAUGCUUCUGAGCAGCAUAAACGAGAUCAAUGGAUUGAGAACUAAUUGCCCGUCUGGCUGGACUCUAAUCCAGGGACGCUGUUUCAAAUAUAUUCCAAGACGUCUGACUUGGGGUAAAGCUGAGAGAAAUUGCAUUUCCAUGGGAGGAAACCUUGCAUCUGUGCACAGUUCUGAAGAAUACCAUGAAAUUCAGUCGCUCAUUAUGCGUGCCACUUAUGCGAUGAAGGUUACAUGGAUCGGCGGCUCUGAUGCAACUGAGGAAGGUACUUGGUCUUGGAGUGACGGGAGCCUGAUGACUUUUACAAACUGGUGUCCCGGAGAACCCAACAAUGGUGGCUGGAAUCAGGACUGCAUGCAAAUGAAUUACUCAGGAGAAAAGUGCUGGGACGAUUACAGAUGUUCAUUUUCCCUGCCCUCUGUCUGCGUUUUGAAAAACAGUAAGCGGAACUGAGCUGAAGACAUGAAGAAGCUUCUUCGUUUUGCAUCUUUUUAUUUUCUAUCUAAGCUGCUUGAAAGAUGAUGCGGGGCAGCACAUCGACAGAGGAUCUCUGUCUUGCUUCUCAUUCGAUCAGGCCAAAUGUACUGUAAGCUAACAGCUUUAUGUACAUUUUUGCUGAUUAAACUUCCCUUCUUGUUCUUUGCAAAAUUAAACGGCAGACAUUAAAAUA